AUGGCGAAGAUAGUCUCUCGACAGUUUUCUGCUCAAAAACCUAAAACUGGAAUAUUAAUGUUGAAUAUGGGAGGACCAGAAACCACUGAAGAUGUCUAUGACUUUCUGUUACGUUUAUUUUCUGACAAAGACUUAAUUCCAUUACCAGCACAAAGUAAACUUGCACCCAUGAUAGCAAAAAGACGGACACCGAGUAUCCAAACACAGUAUCAGAAGAUAGGAGGAGGGUCACCUAUAAAGAAAUGGACCGAGUUACAGGGUCAAGGAAUGGUAGAAAUACUCGAUAAGAUCAGUCCAGCAACAGCUCCUCAUAAAUUCUAUAUUGGUUUUCGUUAUGUCCAUCCUUUAACAGAAGAAUCCAUUGAACAGAUGGAAAGUGAUGGUUUACAAAGAGCAGUUGCAUUUACUCAGUACCCCCAAUAUAGCUGUUCUACUACUGGUAGCAGUUUAAAUGCUAUAUAUAAACAUUAUAAACAACGCAUUAGUCCUAGUGAACUUAUCUGGAGUGUUAUAGAUAGAUGGCCAACACAUCCUGGAUUAGCUCAGGCAUUUGCAGACAAUAUAAGAAAAGAGAUAGCUAAGUUUCCUAUAGAAGACCAAGAUGAUGUAGUAAUAUUAUUUUCUGCCCAUUCUUUACCAAUGAAGGUUGUAAACAGAGGAGAUCCUUACCCAGCAGAAGUUGGUGCUACAGUACAGAGAGUUAUGGAAGAGUUGGGUCAUUCCCAUCCUUAUAGAUUAGUUUGGCAAUCAAAGGUUGGUCCUUUACCAUGGCUCAGUCCACAAACAGAUGAAGCUAUUAAAGGACUGGUCAAUAGAGACAAGAAGAAUAUAUUACUAGUACCAAUAGCUUUUACCAGUGACCAUAUAGAAACAUUGUAUGAAUUAGAUUUAGAGUAUUCACAGCAUUUGGGUAGCGAGGUUGGUGUGAAGAAUAUAAGAAGAGCUGAGUCAUUAAAUAAUCAUCCAGUAUUUAUUGAGGCAUUAGCAGAUAUUGUCAAGACUCAUCUGAAUUCACCUAAAGUUUGUAACCCGCAGUUACUAUUGAGAUGUCCCAUGUGUGUCAACUUAACUUGCGAUUUUUCUAAAGAAUUUUUUGCAUCUCAACAGAAAUAUCUUGAUGUAUUGAUUGAUGAAUCUCAUCCACAAAAACAGAAAGGAUCAAAAUAA